AGCACUAAAAUUAAUUUAACCGACAUUACUACAAAUAAACCCUAACAUGGUUGGUGGAAUGUACUGGGUUCUAAAAAAAAAAAAUGGUUGGUGGAAUGUACUUGCAAUAAGAUUUAAAAGUGUUGGUGCCCCAUUUUUAAUUAGGGCUAAAAUUUCCACGCAUCUUCUUUAAUUAUAGAGUUUGCUGGUGGGUUUACGCGACAUAAACGGUGCUCAUUACUCUUUAGAUUCCUUCUUUCUCUCUCCAAUCUCUUCAUCCUAUCUCCAUUUUCCUCAAUCCCCAUUUAUCUAUAUUAAGAUAUUUUCUUUUUCCUCAAAUCAUUGAAAAAAAAAUAUUAAUUCAGAUAUUUUCUUCUGCCCCAGUUGAAACCCAAUUGCUAGAUUAUUACAGGGAUGGACUUGAUUCAUAACUUCCAACAAUCGGGCGGAGAUGCAAUGGUGAAUAAAAGUUGUAAUUCUGGUGUAGCUCCACCCACAGAAUCUGAAAGUAGUCAAGGGUCUUUUGACUGCAAUAUAUGCUUUGACUUGGCUCACGAUCCUGUUGUCACACUCUGUGGUCACCUCUACUGCUGGGCUUGUAUUUUCAAGUGGCUCCAUGUCCAAAGCUCCUCCUCACAGCCAACUCAACAAAAGACUUGCCCUGUCUGUAAGGCAAACAUCUCACAAACUUCAUUGAUUCCCCUUUACUGCCAUGGCCCUUCCCGAAGUGAAGAUGAGGUUAGGAAGUCUCAACAUGAUGUUAUACCUCCAAGACCUGCAGCAAAUUCUCCUUCAAGUCAACAUCUUCCAUCAAAUCCUUUUGAAUCGCAACACCCAGAGUUCCGUUAUGCCUCAAUAUCAUCUUCAAAUUAUGUGAGUCCUACUAUGGCUGGGAUUCUUGAUAGGCGUGUCGCGUACCUAACAAAAAUAAAUCUAACUAGACCACUACUAUGUAGACGGGCAAGCAAGGGUCUGAUCCCAAGAGACUAUGGUUCAACUAAUUAAAUAGACUCAAGCAAUUACUAAGAAAGUAACCAAAUCAAAUGAAUGAGAAUUAAUAAUUAAAUAACUAAUUAAAACGAUUAAAUCAAAACAAUAU